CACGGAUUAAAGAUGGCGCCCUCUCAUGCGCUGAGGUGCUGUAAACGGGCUCUGAACUGGGUACCUGUCCUGUUUAUUAACCUGGUAGUCGGUUGGUCUUACUACGCUUAUGUCGUGGAGCUUUGUGUCUAUACAAUCCCAAAUAAUGCAGAACGAGUCAGCUAUCUGGUCAUCUUUCACAUUUUCUUCAUCAUGUUUAUAUGGUCCUACUGGAAAACCAUCGGGUCCAAACCAGCCAGCCCCUCAAAAGCAUUCUGUUUGCCCAGAGCAGAGAAGGAGCUGUAUGAGAGAGAGGAGCGUGCCGAGACGCAACUAGAGAUUUUGAAGAAAGUGGCGAAGAAUUUACCCGUGUAUACACGCACGGCAGGAGGAGCCAUCCGAUACUGCGACCACUGCCAGAUCAUCAAACCCGACCGCUGCCAUCACUGCUCAACCUGUGAGAUGUGUGUGCUGAAAAUGGACCACCACUGCCCCUGGGUGAAUAACUGUGUUGGAUUCUCAAAUUACAAGUUCUUCGUCUUGUUCUUGGCCUACGCCUCAUUCUACUGUGCAGUAAUUUGUGCUACAGUCAUCCAGUAUUUCAUCAAAUUCUGGACCAAACAGCUGCCUGACACGCAUGCCAAAUUCCACAUCUUGUUUCUGUUUUUUGUGGCGGCCCUGUUCUUUAUCAGCAUCCUGUCACUUCUCAGCUAUCAUCUGUGGCUUGUGGGAAAGAACAGGACCACUAUAGAGGCGUUUCGGGCUCCUGUCUUCGCGAAUGGUCCGGACAAAAAUGGAUUUUCUCUGGGCUUUAGCCGAAAUGUAGCUGAGGUGUUUGGAGACCAAGGGAAGUACUGGCUGUUUCCUGUUUUCUCAGGUCUGGGAGAUGGACUUUCCUAUGUUACCAGAUUGGUGCACAUCGAUCCUGAACAGGCAAACCGUGUCCUCCAGCAAAAUGGAAAAAGCCCUGCCGAUGGGGAGACCAACCCUUCUGUGCUCAGUAAUAAUACACAACACUCAGCUGAUGACGGCAAAGAGAAAAUCGAUGGAGGGCAGAUAGUGUCGGUGACCAUGGAGAGUGAGCCAUAGAAGGUAUGUGGACAUCGACUUGACUGCUAGGUCAGAGUCACAUCAGUAAAGAGCUCAUGAACUGUGAUGCCUUAAACCAGGAGCAUCUGCACCUCUACAGGAGCCGUCCUCCACCCUCUUCCUUCAUCCAGCGUGCUUUAAACAAGCACCACAAUAAUCCUGGUAUCACGUCAACAGUGACUGUACAGCAGCCUCAUAGACUGCACCAGGCCGAAGCAGAGGUGAUUCUCAGUUUUUGUCUUUUGAUUUGAGCCAAAGACUUUCAGAUCUUUUUAUUAUUAUUGCAUAUGAAACAACUCUGGGACUGCUUUUUCACCCUCAAGCCAAUGUAUGUCUACAUUUCAAUUACAAAACCAUUGUGUUUCAGUAUUAAUCACGCAUCAAUAACAGAGCCUGGUAUGAGUGUGCGAGCCACUGAAUUAAAAACGUGUGUAAUUCAUAUAAAAUGGUGAAACAUUUCAACACUCGUACAUUUACGUAAUAUGUCUUAUCAGAUUUAAACUCAAAGCACAGUGCAAUUAUUAAGACCAGAGGCCUGUACUGUGAAGCAAGUCCAACAUACCCAGCAUAUCGUUCGCAAUAUGCGAUCACAUGCAGGUGGUUAUCAACUCAGGAAGUCAGCCCAGGGUUUCCUCAUCUCGCCAUCAGCGCAUACACGUAAAAGGGGUGUGUUUGCAGUGCAUGACUAAUCGCAGGCAGGUACAAAUACUACUAGAGCAGACCAAAAUGUCAUCCAAAUAUGAAGCUAAUAAUGUAAAAGAUUAUUGUCACAUUCCUGGUGCAGGUCAUACUCAGUCAUGCAAGCAAGCACAGCGUUUAAAUUGUACCAAAAUUCUUUGGAUAUUUUAGUAUAUUUUAUCAGUGUACUUGAUUACUAUGUUAUCAAAAGUUCUAAACACUAAGCAAAAACUUCAAUGAUUCUUGAUUCUCUGAGCAGGUUAGGUGUGCAGCAUAAGUAACCAUGGCGAUGUAUCUUGGUAUGAAGUAAACCCCCCUGAAAACUCACACUUGACCCCAAAUCCUUUUUCAUAGUACAGGCCUCAGUAGUCAGUUAUCACCAGUCUAAUUUAUUUGACAGUUUACAUGAUUGAACAUAUUUAAAUGUCUUUCUGUUUACACUUUUAAUAUAUUUAUUUUUUACAUGUCAAAUUUUAUACUAUGGUAAAAUAACAGGUGAUAUAAGCUUAAAGUGGAGGACCAAAUCCAGUUUGACUAGUUAAAAUGGCAUCUUGAAUAUUUAAGACCCUUAACCAAUCAAUCUCGUAUAAUGCAGUUUUUUUUAUUUAGAUCGCCAUUUUACACAGCACUAUGAAUAUUGAUCAUUUAUUGAAGCUUUUUUUUAAUGAAUUAAUUAUGUUGUGUUUUAGUGUCUAAUUUUCAUCAAGUGCUGCAGGGAUGUACUGUUGUACAACCAAGAAGCUGGCGUCACUCCUGAUUCCCUCAACAAAAAUCGAUGGGAUUGUUGCAUAAAAUAACAUGUCGAACAAAAAGUUUCAUACUUGCAUGUUUUGUUUAGCAAAAUAGUUUUCUCAAUUGAACACCAGUCUCAGGAUUGAAGGGUAAAUGCAAUCAGCAGAAGAACGUAAAAACCACGGUCACGACUUCAUCAGCACCACUAAGCUUCUUAUCAUAAUAUACACACACUAAAAAUUAAUACAUUUGCAAGUUAAAAACUUCCGAUUGAUGGUUUGCAAAUGCUUGAUUGAAGCCAAGCUAGUGACCAGAAGAGUUCAUGUUUUAUGUAAUGAUGUUAAUGUCCCCGACAACCUCUGGAGACUCAUUUGGUUACCUGUUGGCAGCUGCAUUUGUUAAUACGUGUAAAAGCUUUAAUAUAAUUGUGAAGCAUGUAUUGACUUACUUCAUAUCGUAGAAUAAAAUGUGUAAAUCUAUUAAGCUUGUGUAAACUGCAGGCAUUCAAACCAAACGCCAACUGACUUGGAGUCGAGGGAACCAGAGGUGCAACAAUGCUAAUUUGCAGGUUGUAGGACUUCCUGCAGCACUCUAUAGUAAUGGCUUAUGUUUUAUAUAGUUUGUGUUGUUCUAAAUGGUAUGAAUGAUUAUUUGUCCUUAAGUCCACUGAAUGUUUUCAUUUUAAUGAUCAAUGUGCUACAGUAUUUAUUUUAAUUUUUUUUUCUAAUGAAUCAAUCUUUGAGUGUUAAUGCCAAGGAUUAAAUCUGUGUUCUUUGCGGCUCUUUUCCAGUUUGAUGAUGAGAUUGAUUUGAAAGUUGGAAAAAUGAGCACAAAAUGAAACCACAAUAAAACCGUUAAAGGAUAUUGCCAGAUGGGUCAGGGACACACCACCGUGUCCUUGAAUGUGAACCAGGAUAGAUAAGAUGGACAUUAUAUACCAGUGAUGAAAGAGUAGGCUAGUGUCAUCAUAAACACUCACCUCCAUGCUCCUGAGUUUCAUAUUACGUUCCUUUUAGUGGAAAUGAUGCACAGCACAGUUUGGAGUUUGCGUGAGUGUUCAGUAGAUAAUGUGUAGAUAUUACUGCCUGAGUAGUAACACAUGUGAAUGCACUCACAGUAGCUUAAAAUACAUUUUUAAAAAAACAACUAACUUCAAUGACUGAACCAAGCAGCCGCAGCUGCCAAUGUAUGUAGGUCUGUUUAAGACCUGCUGUAAAAUGAUUCAUGCAAAUUGCUCUUCAUUGUUCUGUAACAAUAAAUGUGAUGUAAGAAACUA